CGCGCGUGCGCAGCCACAAAGUUGUGGUCGACACAUGCCUGAGUUGUCCACGUUUUUCGCUGCGGGGGCGGCCGGGAUCAGACCCAUUUUUGUGAAAAGUGAUCGAAAAUGCCUUCUUACCCUCUGAACCAGUGCGCAGACCUGGAAAACAUGAUGUGCAAGCAGUUACUGAGGCUUGGUGUGAGGGAGCAGAACGGACCGUCAUCGUUUCUAACUGUGCCAACGAGAACACCAGGCUGCAUCGGUCAGCCGCGGAGCUACACUUCGUUUUCCCUCUCGUUGCUGCCGUACAUCACCUCUGACCCUUCAGAUGUUUGUCUGUCCUCCUGCCACUGGGGGCAGCAGUUUGAAAGCUCUCUGGAUCCGGCAUCCACUCAAUGUGAAAAUUCAGGCUUUCUGGCCCAGCGGUCUUCUAGCCUGGUGGAGAAUAGCAGCGCUGCGGCUUCAGGUCUGUGCUGGUCCGGUACCGACUGGUUCUCCAACAGUGACAUCACUCAGUCUGCACUCAACUUUAGCUCCACUCUCGCUUCUUUGUCCAGUUCUUCCACCUCGUCACGCUACAAGACUGAACUGUGUCGCUCGUUCACUGAGAGCGGCCUGUGUAAGUACGGUGCAAAAUGUCAGUUUGCCCAUGGGCCACAAGAGCUGCGGGAUUUAACCCGGCAUCCCAAAUACAAAACUGAGCCGUGUCGUACGUUCCACACCAUUGGCUACUGCCCCUACGGGAUCCGCUGCCACUUUGUCCAUAACAGUGAGGAGGAAAAUAAACUCUUGCGCUCCCACUCUUCCUCCUCCAGUGGCCUGUCAACCCGCUCCCACAAACCUCUGGUCAGACAGAGCUUCAGUUUUCCCGGAUUUCCUUCCACUUUUCAACAGUCCCUUCAACCGGCCAUUCCCACUAAUCCCAUGCUGACCAAUGAUCCUUUUGCAGGCACCUCCUCAGCCUCCCCUCUGUCCUGUGCUGAUGUCACUGAUCUCCUCUCGCAUGCCUUCCUGGAGAUGGACUCGGCUUUUGAGGCCUCUCCCGCCACCCAGUACCCAAAUCCCACGGGCUGGGCUACUGCAGCGGAUCCACACCCUCAGUUCUUGCCUUCUCCAGACUCCGGCUGUUCUCCUUCUGGGCCAUCGCCCACAGCCUCCCCUUCCCUGAGGCAGAGUCCCUGUGUCAGUGGGGCCGUUGUGGGACCACCCAAUACUUUAUCCCUGUCCUUCACCUCUCUGUCAGAACCCGACUGGGAAGGAAGCAGCGGGAGCUCCACGAGUUCCCUCAACGGUUCUGAAUGCUGCAGCGUCAACGAGGCUGGCGGCAUCAACGAGUCCAACGGCAAACGGCUGGCUGUUUUUAGUCAACUCUCUGUUCCAGAGGAUGCCUCUGCAUUCUGCUCAUACGGUUCCAAGUCCUCUGUCCAGAAGCUCAUGGACGCAGUACACCCAUAAUGCACAUGCACUGCUCGUGCACGUGUGUGUGUGCGUGCAAGAACUGUGAGGCUUAACAUCAACAUGUCAAACUAAAAAGACUCAUAAGUCAUUAUGUUUGUGAUGCUGGAAAAAAAAUGUCUUGCCACCAUCAACGUAACUGCAGACACACUUAACGUUUGGACAAAAAGUUCUCCACGGGUUAGUUCCUUUAUCAAGAGUCGCCUUGGCUAGAAAUUUAACACAAAGAUCUAGUAAUCACGGUCUAAUCCGACCUUAAGUGCUGCUCAUCUUCGAGUCCUGAUUUUUAGCCUGGUCUGCAUAAUGACCUAAAGAAUGUGAUGAAACCAAAGAUGUCUUUUCUAAUCCCAAAGCCUUCAAUAGCAGCGGGGACAAAUGCAAAGUGACCCGUGUUUAUUUUUCUACAGUGUUGCAUAUAUAAGCUAGUAAAGUUGUUCUGUCUAAUAACUGUACAUUGUCGUGUUGCGUUUAGGUGGCUGGCUUCAUGUGAUGGAUGUUGAACCGCAGUGUUAAGUUUUUAAACAGCCAAAGUGCCUGAAACGUUGCUCAGCAGGUCACGUUGUGGUGUUUAUCUGUGACUUGUGGGUUUUUCAUACGUGUGGGACAGUUUUUUUUUUUUUUAUAAGCUAGUUGGAUUAAGUUCUCUCUCUGUUUAGAUUGGUGUUGACCAUAACCAAAUCUACCUAUUGGGGGGGUUAAUAGGCUGUCAGAUGGAUUAGUUGGUAUAAACUGUGACGUGUCUGCACAAGCAGGAGAUGCUGCUGAAAAUGUGACGUCAGUGGUCCAAGGAUGAAGGGGGUCUGAAUAAGUUUGAGUAUUCGAUUGGUUUUUAUCUGAUUUAAAGGAGAACUUCAGUAGUUUUCAACCUAUUCUCUAUUUUUUUUUU